AUGUGUGUGGGGCACGUUUCGAAUGCGGCAAUGCUGAGUGGUAAGAAGAGGGUACUUUGGGCGAUGAUCAGACAGAAAUUAUUUGGCAGUUUUAGAAGGAGGGCAGCGGUAGCCGGGCUCAUACAUAAGAGGGGAAUAAGAUGUAGUGCGGGGUUGUGGAGUCCGAGUGGGACGACGAGAAGGGAGGCAUGGGAAUCAUCUUCUUUGAAGGAGAGAUAUGGCGUGCAAGACGAAGUUAGGUCGUUUUCUAAUAGUUCGAUGGACAAUUCGUUGGUUGGUCUUACCGGGGGGGAGAUUUUUCACGAGAUGAUGCGUCGACACAAGGUGGAUACGAUUUUUGGGUUUCCUGGGGGUGCUAUUUUACCGGUUUUCGAUGCGAUUUAUAGUUCAGAUGUUUUCAAGUUUGUUCUUCCGAAACACGAGCAAGGGGCAGGCCACAUGGCGGAGGGCUAUGCGAAGGCCUCGGGGAAACCUGGGGUUGUUUUGGUGACGUCGGGGCCGGGGGCGACUAAUGUUGUGACGCCUAUGGCGGAUGCGCUGGCGGAUGGAGUGCCGAUGGUUGUUUUCACGGGACAAGUGCCAAGGUCUGCAAUCGGGACGGAUGCUUUCCAGGAAGCUGAUGUGGUUGGGAUUUCCAGGUCUUGUACUAAGUGGAAUGUUAUGGUUAAUAGUGUGGAGGAGUUGCCGCGGCGUAUCAACGAAGCUUUUGAAAUAGCGACAUCUGGUAGACCAGGCCCGGUGCUUGUGGAUUUGCCCAAGGAUGUAACGGCAUCUGUUUUAAAAUCGCCGAUUCCGAUGACCUCUACUCUACCUUCGAACACUUUGGAGGAGUUGACGAGGCAUGUGGUCGACCAGCACACCGUGAAGACAAUAGCUAAUGCUGCUAAGUUGAUCAAUAUGGCCAAGAAACCUCUCUUGUACGUCGGAGCGGGGAUUCUUAACAAUGAGCUUGGACCAAAAGUUUUAAAGGAGCUUGCUGAACGCGCUCAAAUACCCGUAACGACUACUCUACAUGGGUUGGGCGCCUUUGAUCAAGAUGAUCCUAAGUCUCUAGAUAUGCUUGGUAUGCACGGUAGUGCGGCUGCAAAUAUUGCGAUACAAAACGCCGAUGUCAUUGUGGCGCUUGGCGCUCGUUUCGAUGACCGUGUGACUGGUAACGUGGCCAAGUUUGCACCAGAAGCUCGUAAAGCUGCCGCUGAGGGACGUGGUGGUAUCGUGCACUUGGAAAUUUCUCCCAAAAACAUCAACAAGGUUAUUGAUGCCCAGGUAGCUGUGGAGGGAGAUGUUACUGCUAAUCUGGCAAAAAUCCUACCGUUGAUAGACCCUGUCGAAACGCGACCUGAGUGGCUUGGCCAAAUAUAUAAGUGGAAGGAGCAGUAUCCAUAUGCUUAUCAGAAGGAAACACCGGAUUCGGGGAUUAAACCUCAAACAGUCAUUGCUCGGCUAUCUGAGAUUUCAAAUUCCACAGGCAAGGACGUUAUUGUCACCACAGGCGUGGGGCAGCAUCAGAUGUGGGCUGCUCAACACUGGCAAUGGAAAAAACCUUGGUCAUUCAUCACUUCAGGAGGGUUAGGUACGAUGGGAUUCGGGCUCCCAGCGGCCAUUGGAGCUCAAGUAGCGAGGCCGAACGCAUUGGUAAUUGAUAUAGACGGAGACGCUUCCUUGAACAUGACCAUCACAGAACUUUCCACCACUGUGCAAGCAGGAACGCCAGUUAAAAUAUUGCUUUUGAACAACGGAGAGCAAGGCAUGGUAACACAAUGGCAAUCUUUAUUCUACGAACAUCGUUACUCGCAGUCUCACCAAUUGAAUCCGGACUUUGUUAAAGUCGCAGAAGCCAUGGGCAUAAGGGGCAUGCGGCUGGAUAAACAGGGAGACUUAGACUCUUCCUUGAAGGAAUUUAUAAAUCAUAAAGGUGCCGUUUUGCUAGAUGUUGUGAUAGACAGCAAAAUCCCUGUGUUACCUAUGGUUCCAGCAGGUAAAGCAUUACACGAAUUCAUCGACUUUGAUCCGGAAGUAGAAAAGGAACAAGCUGAAUUACGAAAUAAAAGAACAGGUGGUGCAUAUUAA